GGGAUGUAGAACUAUGGUAGUUAAAGAGGGGGAGAGAAAGAAAGAGAUUCAAUGGAUUUUGCCCAGUACACUUGCAAGGUUUCCAAGAAGAUCCAGCAGGACAAGGAGAGAGGAGAUGAGGAAGGGGUAGCAUGGUCCAUUCGGGUUGGAUGUACCAAAAUAAGUGACCACAAAGGGCGAUGUGGCUCAAGGGAACCGGGCAGGGAUUUCACACAAGACCGCUGUUGUGUAGGGAGAGAGCGGCGGACAUCUAGGUGAUGCAUGCGGGGUCAGUGAUGCACCAAGACGAGUGUGGUGGAUUCCAGCAACCCGCCGCUGCAGAGAGCGAAGCCCGCUAGUUUACCGCCGGCCGAGAUGGCGCAUGGAUAGCGGAUCCCUUCAUACUACAAAACAUGACCAAGCGUUUAUAACAAAACCGGCAGUUUGGGAGCUAAACUAAGUAAUUCGAUGCUUGCACUAGCAGGAAGAAUACAAACCCGCAUUUCCAUUGAGACUCAGAGGCUUCUGGAUGAGAAAGGAUGCCAUCUCCAUAAAACCUAUCAUACAUAGCUAACGGAGAGGGCCAGCUUGCGUUUUUUCCACCAUACUAGAUUGGUUUGAGUAGGCCGGUUGUGAUUCGUGAACCACAAGCUGUAACGAUGUUGGUGAGAUGCCACCGGAGCAGGCUGUCGGUGUGGGCCGUUCUGUGUGUGCUCGUGUUAUGCUGGCUCUACAUUUUCCCAGUGUACAGACUCCGGAGCGACAAGGAGAUAGUUGAUGAAGUGCUGCGGCAGGGACAAGUAUGGCAGAGGAACCAGACGGACAUCGAUCUGUUCAGGAAGCUGCUUUCAGAGUGCUGUGACCCUAGGAGAAUGUUUGCGGUGACCAAGCAGAAUUCACCAAUGGGGAAGGUCCUGUGGUACGAUGGAGAGUUUUACCACUCACACACAGUCAACAAUGAGACCUACUCUCUCUUUGUGCAGGAGACACCUCUUCAGCGUCCCCUCAAAAAGUGUUCGGUGGUGGGCAAUGGAGGGGUCCUGAAGCACAGCGGCUGUGGGAAGUACAUUGACCAGGCUGACUUUGUCAUGCGGUGCAACCUUCCACCACUGUCUAGGGAGUAUGUUGAGGAUGUGGGGACCAGAACCAACCUGGUGACAGCCAACCCCAGCAUCAUUGAGAAGAGGUACACUCAUUUCCUUUCAAAACUGCUGUUGACUGUGAAAUGUAUGGGUGUGUGGGACAGCAUCCAAGUCUUCUCCUUUUCAGUCCUCUCCCUCUUUCUCUCCAUCCUUCCUCUCUACUACUCUGUUUCCCAUUCUCUCCCCGCCCUAUCUCUCUCUCACUCUCUUAUUCUCUCCUGCUAUCUCUCCUCUCCAGUUCUCUCUCUCUUUCCCUCUCUCUUUCUCUCCUAGUAUCUCUCCUCUCCAGCUCUCUCUCUCCCUCUCUUUUUCACUCCUGUGAUCUCUCCCUCUCUUAUUCUCUCCUGCGAUCUCUCCCUCUCUUAUUCUCUCCUGUGAUCUCUCCCUCUCCAGUUCUCUCUCUCUCUUUCCCUCUCUCUUUCUCUCCUACUAUCUCUCCUCUCCAGCUCUCUCUCUCCCUCUCUUAUUCUCUCCUGCGAUCUCUCCCUCUCUCUUUCUCUCCGGCUUUCUCUCCUACCAAGGCCUCUGUCUUCUCUCCCUCUCUAUAUUCUCUCCCUCUCCCUUUCUUUCUCCCUCUCAUGAUGUCUACUGUCAGUUCCAGAUGUUAGAUCCUAAGAGCUUUGUCUGUUGUCUUGUCCUAGCAGCAGCUUCCCUCCUCCAGACUAGUGUUUUCUAGAGGAGCCAUCAUCCAGAGCCAAAACAUGUGUGUGUGUGUGUGGUCUUGUUCUUCUAUCGUUGUGGGGACCUGAAAUCCCCAAAUGGUCCCCACAAGGAUAGUACAACAAGGAAUAUUCUCCCUCAUGGGGACUAUUUUAAGCUUAGGGGUUAAGUUUAGGGUUGGGGUAACAAUUUGGGUAAGACUUGGGGUUAGGGUUAAGGCUUAGGUUUAGGUUUUUUGAAUGGACAUACAUUUUAGGUCCCCACAAGGAGAGAAGAACACGUUUGUGUGUGUGUGUGUUUGAACAGAGCCUCUUUGUGUCUGUUUAGAAUGCUACUCUGUGCUUCUGAAAUGUGUUCCCGUUUUCAGCAAUGCGUUUCCUCUCAGUGUGUUUCUGAACCACGUUGUUGCCAACACACCCCCUGCUGCUUCCCAUCAUCUCAUCU